AAACAAAAUGGCGACCAAAUUGACUAUCGUUGAAAGUCUGAAUAAAUGGAAAUGAAAUGCAGCUGAUACGCAACCCUUUAUUAUGAUAUUAGCUUAUAUUGUUGGAAUAGUUUUCCUUUUACUGUUGGCAGCCAUCUUUUUAGGAAGGUUCUUUGCUUGGCUUCUGGAGAUCUUUGCUCAGUAUGUUCUUCAGCUGGAUCUAAAACUUGACACACUUGGCUUAUUUGGUGCAAAUGGUAUUGAAAUUAAAUUCAACAAUGGGUUGAAAAUUGGAAUAGAAAAUAUAGGUCUUCACUGCAAGUGGACUCUAACUGACUCCAAGAGGCUUUUUACAGUGUUCUUUAGAAGGGUUGUUAUAGAGGUAAUAAAGAUUGAGGUUGAUGGCAAUGGUACCCAUCAUCUGGAUCAGGCAUCAAGCCAUGGCAGUUCAUCAAAAAACUUUGUUGGAAAACACAAGAAAACAAUCAAACGAGUUUUAAGAAAGUGUUGUCAGUAUGUAGGUAUUCACAUUUCCAGUGUAGAUGUCAACCUUGGUAACAAACAAUUACCUGGUACAUUUUUCCAAUGUACUCUACCCAAAGGCAUGCAGUUUUGUGCAAGAUCUGAUCAUGAUCGUCUAUGUUCAACCUUGGAAAUAAGCAAGAUUGGGACACGAUUAUUCCAAGCAGAUAAUGAAAGUGUGCAGGGCACAACCACUGUUGCCGAGUCAUCCAACCCUUUUGCAGAGAUUUCGUGUUCAGUCCUUGCAGAAAUUUCCAUUGUGCCAUUCGAAAGAAUUCAAUUGAUGACAGCAUCUGUGAAUGUGAAAAAUACAGAUAUUUUACUUUCAGAGGGAUUGCUUGGAGUUAGAAAAUCUCAAGAUGGUAGCACUCUGGAAGAUACUCAGACUCAUGACCUAUCCUCCCCACCUAGACCUUUGACAUUGAUGGAAGUCCAAGAGAAUAUCUCAAGGUUGCCAAAGGAUGUCAAUGUUGCCAUGGAGAGCAUAACUGUUACUUUUCUAAACAAAGAUAAAAGAAAAUUUGUGUUGGAGGUAAACCGAGUAGACAGCCAUCUUCAUUCUCAGGAAGAGUUAGAUACGAACUCAUCAGAUACCACUCAGUGUGGUUUGAGUUUACAGAUAUCAGGAGCAACUGCUAGAAGUACACAAUCUCACAAGAUUUUUGAAUGGACCAGGCUUAGAAUUACCUCAAAGCUUUCUUGCCCCUAUGAUACCAUGGCACUAACUUCUACGUUACACGUGGAAUCUGUUCACUACACACAUGUCCAGGAGGAAUUUGUUUAUUGGUUGGAAUACUUCAAGUCUAGAAGAAAACAUAUGUCACUGAAAAAAAUAACUGCUCCAGAACUUACAAAAAUUGAUCAACAGUCAAAGAUAAGUAUUUUGUCCAGACUUCCUGCAGAGUUGGAGGUGACAACCUCCAUAGAUAUGACAGAUUGCUCCACAAGUAUGUUCAUUUCCCUUCCUCAUCAAAAUGCUCAGCCCUUGAGUCAAGCUGUGUUUACAUCGCUCACUGGGGAUGUCAAAAUGUCAGCACAAGAUUUGCAUCAUGUUACCACUGGAAGGGAGCUGAGUAUCAACCUACAACUGGAAAACUGUUAUCUAUAUAUGGAUACAAGUCAAACAGCUUUUGUUGAAGUUUCUAAGAAUAGUGUUUUAUUAAACACUUUACAAGACUAUCAGUCCCUUCUUCCAAGUUCUUCUAAACAUGUCUGGGGCAGAGUGCUAGCUCUUGGAGGCUGCAGCGUUAAGGUGACAACUGAACUCAUGGAAGGUAUUGAGAUACCAGCCAGUGUUAGAGUGACUGGCGAAGUGAGUUCAUUGUUCCUUGAGUGGUCACAUGAUGUAUGCAGAUUGUUGCUUGAGUGGUUGAAGCUGAGUUCUUUUAAAUCUCAAAAUACUACAGAGGAAACAAAUUCCACAAGCAGACACAUAGUGCUUGAUUUGGAUUUUAGAGUUUCUGCAGUUAACUUGUUUUAUCUUGGAGGACUAGAAGGAGGAGUGGAUUCCUUUAUGAUGAGAGUUGAUAUGGUAGUAAUGAAUGCAACAUCAAUUCCUGAAUGGUCAAUUAACAAUGAAAUCUUUGGAAUGAAACUAUGUCGUCUGAUUGGAUUAGAAAAGGUGCCAUACAAAUGUGUCGUCUCUGUGGAAAUAGAUAGUGACCUUCUCAGCAUCCCUUUUGCUACUGUUUCAAUUUCAGGAGAAAAGACUUGUUUGAUGUCUAUUAAAGAAAUAUUGAUAAGUUGGGAUUCCACUUUACACAUGGCCAUUCAUGAAAGAAUGAAAGAACUAACUGAUGAUGGUGCUGAACUGAGAGCUUUACUACAAGCAUCUGUGAAAGAUACUGAGAAUUGUUCUCCACCAGAAAAAGAAAGCAUACCCCUUCAUCUUGUCUGCAACAUUACAUGGGUUAAAUUUCAGAUGCAAACUUCACCAAAGACCAGCUUUGGUGUCGAAUGCAAGAUUUGUUCAUUGUCAUUGGAAAAUGGUGGACUGGAUAUGAAAUCUGACUAUACUGGUUUACUCUUUGAUAAUCAAAGCAUAUUUAAAUUUGAGACAAUUUCUAUUAAGAGACUUCAGCAAGUCGAGGAGGUUCUGAAAGUGAGACAACAAUUCAGGGAGCUGAAAACACAAAACAACACAACAUGGAUUAUUCAGGCAGAAAUGACACAAGUCUGUUUUCCUUUCAUGUUUAAUUUUGCUGCUUCAAGAGAUGAGCUUGUUAAUGUGUUUAAGAUGCUAAAGUCACUUCACGGUAAACCCAAGGAUGAGUCCUACGUCGAACAACUUCCUCCAGAUUUAUGGCUUAAUUUUGAGAGAAUAACCUUUGAGAUUGAAGAUGAUCCAUUCGAAGUCAAGUUGAGGGACAACUAUGCUUUACUGCUUGAUGAGAUGGAACAGUGGGACGAGAGACAGCAGCUACUGGCAGCUAAGUUAGAUGAGAUCCGAAAGAAGCCUGGAAACUUACUAACAGUGAAAAAAGAAGAAGAACUGAAGCGGUCUUUAGAGGAAAAAAAUUCUCAGAUCUACAUUCGAAGGUCCCAGCCCAUACCCAGCUUCAGGACUUAAGUUUACAACACUGUGGUGCCGGACAAUUCAAGGACAACUUCAGUCACACAAGUGUUGUCUGAGAGAUUUUCCUCAGCCAAUUUUUACCUCAAAGUCAGUUGAAUUACAAGGAACGCUUCUUGGUGCGGAGCAAAAACCAGCAGACCGAGCCAAACGAGAAGCCGUGGUGCAAAUUGGCAAGCCUUGGGACAAUAUAACGAUAUCUCGAAGUCUAAGUUCCUUGAAGUUCUUUUAUGAUCUGAAGUUUGAUGCAGAAAUUGUUGAGAUGGCGUGGGGUGUGGACAUUGAACCUGUCUUAGCUAUGGUGUCUUUCACAUUUGAAAAGUUGAGUUCUCCAAGUCGUGACGCAAGCAAGCCUCUUCCUUUCUUUGACAAAAUGCGCCUGCUGUAUCAUGGCCAUCUCCACCUAGCCAUGCGCGAAUGGUACCUGUACUUUAGUGCAUCCAGGAAUCCUUAUGAUACUACAGAGAGGAUGCAGUGGGAGUGGAAACAGGCUAAGUUUGAUUGGACCAAUGGUCGAAUUGUCGUUGAAGGUGAUUUUGACCUGCAUACCAGGGCAGCAUCUAAGUAUGAUGAUCGACAGGUUCUCCAUUUGCCUGCAUUUAAAUUAUGCACAAGCAUGAAGUGGCAUUGUCAGGGUGAUCCAAAUGAUCAUCACUCAGUGAUUCAGUGUGCUCCAGACAAAAUACCACAACUGGCUCCUAACCAGGUUCAUGACUCAUAUGCAGCUUUCAGAUCUCAAAACCUUACUCUAGACGUUUCCCUAGAAACAGGAUUGACCAAUAAAAAGGACUACUCCCAGAGCGACCCACCCAAGCUGUUCAUGUUUGCCAGCACAUUUAGAUGGUUCCAGAAAUAUCAGGCUGUAGUGUUGUGGUAUGUGUCACGGCCAAUCAAGAGAGGAACUUAUUUUAAACGGAACCGGGUGAAGAAGCGUCCUCUUGGACGACAUUAUAGGGAGGUCAACUUAUCGCUGCAUUUUCCCGAAUUUUCUUGGUGGUACUGGGGCUCAUUUACACAACAAAGAGGGUUUGAGCUGUCACUAGGGAACGGUUUUCUAGAGACCACCUACCGCCUGGCGCUCAGAGAGCAUCGUGAUGGCCUGGUGCGGAGACCAGCUGCUGACUGGAGUGCAGCUAAACUUCGAAGUGAAGUGUUGAAUGUUACGUGUCAUUUGUACGGUUUGGAAGAAGUGGAUGGAAAGGAAAGCAGUGAUGAGUAUGCGGAGGUUAGUUCUAUAGACUUGGAACCCACAAAGUACUAUCUUCUUGCAGCAUCAAGGUUGGAGUACUCUCGUCAAGAAACGUCGAAGAAACAAGAAUCAUGUAUAGACGGCCCUCCACCAGAGCUUCAGAACUACAGUCAUCGCGUUGUGUGCCAUGACUUGAAGGGAGCCUGGACACUAACCAACCGUCGUAUAGCAUUUGGUCUGUUUGAAGCUUACACCAAUGCUCAGGUUUUGAAGAAAAACCUCUCCGCUGAUGCUCUAAAAUUCACAAUUGUGGAAAAGAAGGACAAACAGGAUGAGUAUAAAGGAUCACUGGAUGCUUCAGCCAAGGCUCGAUCAGUGUCAGCAACAAACAUGCUGGAAAAACUUGUUAUGGAAAAGGAGUUGAAGUUCGUAGCGUUUGCUGAAGAGGGUACCGCUGAACACGAGCAAGUUACAGAAGCUCAACUUCAUGGAGUGGCUUUGAGUACAACAAAUGAUGUCGUCGAAUAUAACUGGCAUAUUGCACUGGUGAACUCACAGAUCGUUCUCAAAGGAAUUGAGUCUGAAGGAUGUGUACUGGUUGCAGCUGGUAAUGCCAAGAUAUUGAACAGACUUCACACUCCAGUGUGGAGCAAAGGAGAGCUCUUUAACAAGAAGACAUGGGUGGGAAAUGUGGAAAAUCUACAGUACUUUGCCACAGUAGGUGCCGAGGACAAUAUUGGUUUAGACAGCACUCCUUGGUUAAAUACCUCAGUGAUCACGGGCCGGCAAAACAAGAACUCGUUCGAUAUAGCUGACCUGGCCAACAUCGUGGGGUCAGGAGAGGCUGUUGGCGGAAUGGUAGAUGCAGAUGUUGGGAAUACAGGGCAGGAGCCCACGCAGUUACAGCGGAUUGUGGCUCGUUGCGGCUGUGAAUUUCAUUUUGUGAGCUUCAGUCCUGAUUUGGAUCCUGUUGCUGAAGAACAUGCGCAUGAAGUCGUGCCUCCAUCGCAUUCCAGUCAUCUCCGAGAGGACAGACACGUGGCAGUAAACACUUUCACAAUCAGACACAAGUUGCUGGAGAUCUCCACUAACUCUGCUCAGUUCGCCAUGCUCAUUGACAUUGCCCAUAAUGUUGUGUUGUACACAGAACCUAAAAAGAAGGAAGCGUUUGACAGACUCCAGAGAAUGAGGUUUCAGUUACGUCUUUCCACUUCAGAAGAUCAACGAGCUCAAAUUCUUAGACUGCAGAACACUGUCAGAUCUCUUCAGACGGAAAUGCGGAGGUUAGAGAGAGAGCUGUAUGAAGUGAACACGUUAAGAAAGGAAGCCAUCAAUGAUCAAGAGCUCACUGAUGCUGUUAUCCAUAUCGAGAGAGAAAUCAUACAGCUAAAGGAGGAGCUGAGUUCUUCAAGCACUGAACUGAAAAUUAUGAUAAGUGCGUACAAGGACUUUCUGAUGAAUUUGGACACACCUACGCCUGAGAAAGUUACCACUGCGGAGGUGAUUAAACUGGCUGAAGUUUACUUCAAUCAUGCUUCAUGGCAGCUGAAUCAAGAAGACGGACAGUUAGCCAUAGCCGAUGCAAAAUUAACUGACUUCAGUUACAGGAAAACUACUCUCAGGGGCUCCACUGUAGAACAUCGGUUGGAAUUAGGAAAGUUUCACGUCAGAAAUCUGUUACCCAACAGCAUUUAUAAGGAUGCUAUGAGCCCGCUAGACGUCAGCGGUAAGGGUCACGUGGACAGAGCCGUGGCUGUACGGAUAUUCAGCAGAGUGAGGCCGCCAGUUGGAGGAAUUGGAGUGAAGGAGCAUUUUGAAGUGAACGUAUGUCCGCUGGCCGUUCGCUUGACACACCGCUUGUUCAAGAAAGUCAUGGUGUUUUUCUUUCCCCAGCGAGAGCAUGAAUAUGAGGGUGAAGUGGGAGAAGUAGAGCUUGGAUUCAGAGGGAUGGAAUUUGAGGAAAAGGAGAUGUUCAUUUACGAAGAUGAGGUAAAAUAGGCGGAACAUUUUUCAGGCCAUGGCAGUUUGACUCCAACGCAUUCUUAAAUUGUAGAGAAUACGAUUCAACUAGCUACCACAGCCCUUCUUUACAAAACCUUUUUUCAUCUUUGUCUAAACGCAUGCUAACAGAUAUAAAAUGUAAACAUUUGAUUACUGAGAAGAACACUUUUUGGUUGAGUGUCGAACAUGAUCCCUGGUUGUUUUGGGUUCGCUUUACUUCCGUCCUUGAUUGGUCAAGAAAACUUGCGCCAUCCUUUCAACCAAUCAAAUGCCGGUUGGAAACCAGUCGCCGUUUCUUUACUUUCGUUUUCCCG